AUGCCUACUGUGUUGAUCGUCGGAGCAACCAGAGGGCUUGGAGCCGAACUUGCCAAAGCAUAUGUCUCCAACGUACCUCAGAGCCGGGUUUAUGCAACUGCACGCUCAUCGAGCCCACCUGAAAAUUCCAUAAUAGCAGAAAAUCUUGUCUACGUUCCCGGGGUUGACCUUGAGAAUCCGGACGCCGGGAAGAUAGUACUUGAGCUCCUCCACAAGCACUCCGUCUCUCACAUUGACAUCGUCAUCAUUACUGCUGGAUACUUCGCCACUGAAACGCUACAAGAACCCUCGUUCUCGGCCCAAGAGACGAUGUACCGUACCUGUGCGAUUGGUCCUACCAUUCUUGUGGCCGCCCUUGCCAACGACUCUGAAACUUUGCUCGAUUCGAAGUCCAAAGUCAUUCUUGUCUCGUCAGAAAGUGGAUCGAUCACUCUUCGUCAUGAAAAGGAAGGUGGAGGGAAUUAUGGUCACCAUGCCAGUAAAGCGGCCUUGAAUAUGUGUGCGAAGUUGUUGAGCCUGGACUUGAAGGAACGAGGUGUCGCCGUGGCGGCCGUGCAUCCGGGCUUUAUGCGCACAGACAUGACGAAAGGCGUUGGAUUCGAUAAAUACUGGGACAUAGGUGGAGCUGUCACACCUGAUGUUGCUGCGGAAAGCCUGAUUGAGUGGAUUGAUACUUUUGAUAUAUCGAAGACGGGCGGAUACUGGGCGCCUCGCGGUGCAGCUAGGGAUAUUGGAACGGCUGAGCCCGUCCUGGGCCCGAAAGAGAAACUUCCCACUCCACUUCGGCUUCCGUGGUAG